GAGAUGAUUGGGAUGAUAUAGACAUCGAUGAGGAGGAUGAAAAACACAUUGAGGAGCUGGAGGAACAAUCCAUGGAGGAACGAUUACAACUUAAAAAGAUACAGGAGAUGGAGAAGAGAGAACAGGAAAGAAGGAAACGAGAAAAAGAGAAGGAGAAACAGCGCAAGUCACCCGCGAAGAGACCGAAGCUACCAAUUGGUGUCCUUAUCAAUACUGACAGAAGCAGGUAUGAAGUCCUUGAAUUAUUGGGUGCUGGAGGUUUUGGAGACGUUUACAAAGUACGGCAAAAGGAUGGGGCUGGAAGAGAUGAUGAUACCUUUGCUUUGAAAACUGAAACAAAUACCUCAGGAAAGACACUCAAUCGACUGAAAAUGGAGAUGACUAUUUUGCAAGAAUGUGAAAGUCUGCCGGAGGAGAAACGGAAGCAUUUUAUCAAAAUGACUGAUAGAGGUAAGACUUAUUACAAAUCAUUCAAAUUCAUUGUGAUGCAAUUGGUGGGUAUUAGCGUUGAUAAACUUCAAAAACAACAACCUAAAAAACACUUCACACUCUCGACCACCAUAAAAUUGAGUCUUCAAACUUUGGAAGGAAUAGAAAAUUUGCAUGAUCUUGGCUAUCUACAUCGAGACAUUAAACCACAGAACUUCUCGAUUGGUUUAAAAGAAAAAGCCAAUGUUGUCUACGUGCUCGACUUUGGUAUUGCACGCCGAUAUAUCGAAAAAGAUAGCAAAGCGAUCAGGUUACCUCGGAAAAUGGUACGAUUUCUCGGUACAAUACGAUUUGCAUCACGAAACUGUCAUCAUUCACGCGAACAAUGCCGAAGAGAUGACCUUGAAUCAUGGGUAUACAUGUUGAUCGAGUUCACGGAGUACGCAUCAUUGCCUUGGUCGAAGAUGGUUGAUCGUCACACUGUUUGCAGGGAAAAGGAACGACUUUUUGCUGGCUCAUAUACGAAACACAUAGCAAGCUUACCAGAGGAAAUACAUAAGAUUUUGAAAUAUAUCAACGAGCUGAAUUUCCAAAAUACACCAGACUAUGAGUACAUAGCAACGAUGUUGAAGCGAGCAGCAGCACGAAGACAUGUCAGUAUUACCGUCAAAUUCGACUGGGAAGAGUCCGAGGUCUCUCGUAAUUCAAUUCCUUUGCACGGGAAUACUAUGAAAUACUGA